CUUGCUCUCGUCUGUCAUUGCACUCUCCCUCCAGCCCUCGCCCCUUUGCUGUCAUCCUUUCCCCUUCCUCCUCCUACUUCCUGUAACCGCCUCCUUUUAAAUCCCACCCACACCCACCGUCCACCACCCUCGUACCAAGGCUGUCGCCCUUGAAGAUGCCGCCUACUUCUUUGAUGCGGUUCUCCCCGCGCCUCGCAGACGCAUGCUCCCAUCUGCCAGCCGCGGCUGUUGUUCCCCACCUCUCCCCUCGCCUUGGUGCCUCCCCUCGGUAGCUCGAACGCGCUUGGCGACCCCUUAGGUUCGCCUUCUUUUUCCACAAGGAUUUUCCUCAAGUCUUUGCUUCGGGGGGUUUCUCCCCACGGUAAUCACAGCCCAUCUUCCCGCCCCCUCCCAGCAAGAGCCCGCAGCAUAGGAAUUUAGAACAUAAAUGUGCUAAAGCCUACCAACCGUUACAGACUUGACUUCUGCAAAUACUUUGGUCUUUUCUGGCCAUGUUGUACAAUUGGUGUUCCAUGAGAAAUUUGUCUUCAUGAAGAUUCCUAAUAUUGGUAAUGUGAUGAAUAAAUUUGAGAUCCUUGGGGUUGUAGGUGAAGGAGCCUAUGGUGUUGUGCUUAAGUGCAGACACAAGGAGACACAUGAAAUUGUGGCCAUUAAAAAAUUCAAAGACAGUGAAGAAAAUGAAGAGGUCAAAGAAACAACUUUACGAGAACUUAAAAUGCUUCGUACUUUGAAGCAGGAAAAUAUUGUAGAACUAAAAGAAGCUUUUAGAAGAAGAGGAAAAUUGUAUUUGGUGUUUGAAUAUGUAGAGAAAAAUAUGCUUGAGUUGCUAGAAGAAAUGCCAAAUGGAGUCCCUCCUGAAAAAGUAAAAAGUUAUAUCUACCAACUGAUUAAAGCAAUUCAUUGGUGUCAUAAAAAUGAUAUUGUUCAUAGAGAUAUUAAGCCAGAAAAUCUUCUAAUAAGCCACAAUGAUAUUUUGAAAUUGUGUGACUUUGGUUUUGCACGGAAUUUGUCAGAAGGUAGCAAUGCGAACUAUACAGAAUAUGUUGCCACCAGAUGGUAUCGUUCUCCUGAACUCUUGCUAGGGGCCCCUUAUGGCAAGUCUGUAGAUAUGUGGUCAGUAGGCUGUAUUCUGGGGGAACUUAGUGAUGGGCAGCCACUAUUUCCUGGUGAAAGUGAAAUUGAUCAACUUUUUACAAUUCAGAAGGUAUUAGGACCACUUCCUGCGGAACAAAUGAAGCUUUUCUACAGCAAUCCCCGUUUCCAUGGCCUACGGUUUCCUGCAGUCAACCAUCCACAAUCAUUGGAAAGGAGAUAUUUGGGAAUUUUAAGUGGUUUUUUACUUGACCUUAUGAAGAACUUGCUGAAACUGGAUCCAGCUGACCGAUAUUUAACAGAACAGUGUCUGAACCAUCCAUCAUUUCAAACUCAGAGGAUGUUAGAUCAUUCACCUUCACGGUCAACUAAAAGAAAGCCUUACCAUGGAGAUAGCAACACUUUAACUAGCAGAAAUCAAUCUGGCAAAGGUACUGCUGUGCAGUCUCAUCACAGAUCAAACAGCAAAGAAUUACAGACUGUGGGACUGCAAAGAGAAGAUGCCCUUUCAACAAAUGAAAGCUUUUUAAAUGGAAAUCUCCCGGUAAACUCUCACAGUCCAAUGCUGUCAAAAAAGACAAACAAUACUCCUUCAUCUGGAAGUAAAGAUCUAGCUAAUAACAACAUACCACAUCUUCUCAGUCCAAAAGAAGUAAAGACAAAAACUGAAUUUGAUUUUAAUUCAGAAGCCAAAACUUCAGAUGGUCCUGGUACUAAAUACCUGAAGUCAAAUUCCAGAUCACAGCAUAAUCGUCAUUCAUUUAUGGAAGGUUCACAGAACAAAACUGGCACACUACAACUGGGUGAAAGGCAUAGCCGUCACAGUUAUAUUGAUACUAUUCCACAAUCUUCAAAGAGCCCCUCAUAUCGCACCAAAUCAAAAAGUCAUGGAGCUCUGACUGAUUCCAAAUCUGUGGGUAAUUUGUCUGAAGCCAGAAUUCAAGUUUCAGAAUCAAAUAGCAGUAGGUAUUUUCCAUCCAGCUGUUUGGACUUAAACUCUCCUACUACACCAACACCUGCUCGUCAUGCUGACAAUAGAACUUUGCUCAGUCCUUCCGGGAGAAAUAAUAGAAGUGAUGGUACACUGGAAUCACGAAGGCCAUCUACAAGACAUUCCAAAACAAUGGAUGAGUUAAAAUUGCCAGAUCACAUGGAUGGAAGCCAAUUACAUUCUGCAUCUGCUCCUCAUGAAUCUUUUUCUUAUGGUUUAGGCUACACGAGUCCUUUUUCUUCACAGCAGCGCCCUCAUAGACAUUCUAUGUAUGUGAGCCGGGACAGAGUGAGGACAAAGGGCUCAGAGGGUGGCUUAAGCGUAGGGCAAGGGAUGGCAGCCAGAGCAAACAGCCUGCAACUGUUAUCUCCACAGGUGCAGCAUAAGUCUCUUACAAGAUCUGUUGGCUCUUCACGUGAAGAUUGUACAGAAGAUUCCAAUAGGGGUGGAACGUAUCGUGAUCAACACCCAGAUGAUGGAGCCUCCACAAAAGAAAAUAGACUUCUGUAUAAUGAUUCUGUACCUAGAAGAGUUGGUAGUUUUUACAGAGUCCCAUCUCCACGCCCAGAAGGAACAUUUCUAGACAAUAGUGCCUCAAACAGAAUACCUGCAUUGCCUGCAGAAAGCAGUAAUGUAACAAGCCAUUCAAAGAGACAAACGGCUUUUGAUUCCUGGAAAAGUCCUGAAGAUACUCAUUCUGAACAACUAAAGGAAAAAGAAAAACAAAGUUUUUUCAGGGCAAUAAAAAAGAAAAAGAAGAAAUCUCAGUCAAUGCCUGGAAGUGAAAGUCAGGAUCUUUUGGCAAUACAAAAAGCUAUUCACACAUCUAAUCAUCCAGCCAGCAGGCAGAAGGACUGGCAUUCUGAAAAGAUGACAGAAAUCCAAGGACAUAGUCAGCCUCUAAAAUCUUUACGCAAGCUGUUGCAUCUUUCUUCCUCCUCCUCAAACCAUUCAAUUCCUUCUGAAGCCCGAUUCCAGCCUUUACCAAAUCAGCCAGCUAAAACCUCUUUUUCUGAAGUUCGAAUUCAUCCUAUGAGUCAAGCUUCCACUACCAGCAGCAACAACCUACGCCAAGAAUCUCAAUCAAAAGGCAGAGCAGCCCUCCAGAUCAUAAGCCAGAUGGAACCAAGCUGGCACGUUUCCCCAGGGAACAGAAGUGCCAGUGAGACAUCAUCAUACUCGGAUCAGAUAGCUUCGAAAAGUGGGCAAAAUGGGCAUACGUAUAACCGAACAAACCGAUCACGAAUGCCAAAUCUGAAUGAUUUAAAGGAGACAGCUUUGUAAUUGUAUCCAAGAAAGUGAUAUUACAGGGGUUAAUUGAGGGAUAUGGUGAUGCCAAUGAUUGGAGUAAUGAUUGUAUUUGCAGCUUUACAAAAGAGUGUGCAAUAUGAAGUUUGUGUAGCUACUACUACCACAUCAAUAGGGAUUCUAUAGUGAAAUGAACUUUAUAAAUUGCCAUUCACACAUUAUAAUAGCAAAAGAAUGUGCAAUUCAGGGAGAACAAACUAUUUGCCCUUUUCUCUCAGCUUACAUUCCAGCUUAAUAUGCACAUUUAUCUGAAAACUAUUUUGGCAUUUUGGGGAACUUAAAAAAAAUAUUUAGAUGUAUGCCCUUUUAAAAAAUAUUGCUGCCUAAAUUUAAAAAAAAAACUAAAUAGGUUUUAUGUGAUAUAUUUGUAUCCUUAGUAUGGUUUAAAGUUUUAGUUUAUUUGUUUUUAAAACUUCCAUAUUUGAUAAGAUUUGUAAUAUUUAUUAUCUAAUACCUUAUUGUUAUAUCACAUUUUAUGUUAUAACAUUAUUUGGAGCUGUAUGGAACAUUGUGAUGAAGUGAAAACAGCUAUAGUAGUUUCUACAAAAAUUAACAUUUAUUACAUCAGGAAUAUUUUAUUAUAAAUACAUAUAUGUGUGCGUGUAUGUGUAUGUGACUAUAUAUAUUUAUAUAAUAAAUAAUCGUUUUUAAAAAAGCUAUUCACUUAAAGUAUUGUUAUGACACUAUCUGCCAUAUUUUUAUACAUUUGUGAUAUUAAGUGCAGUAUUAAUACUUAACAAUAAAUAGGAACUAAAUACAUAUUGAAGUAUAACAAUAUGAUUUUUACUCCCAUCCUAGAUGCAGUGAUAUGGGCUAUAUCCACUGCUGAUCUUCUGCUGAUGAGAGGUUCAUGAUCCAAUAAAAGGAAUCAAGUGUGCUAUGUUGCUUCUCCUUGUGGCUCUCAUCCCCACCUUUCCUCCCUUUUCUGCUAAUAAAAGCUUUUAAACUCAAGAACCUUCUGUCAGUUGAACAACAACACUGAAUACAUCCCAUUAUAAUGCCACAAGUAAAAUAAUGGUUUUAAGAUUUCCUGUAGACAGUUUGAUUGGGGUAAUAGAUUAAAAGCUAAAAACAUAAAGUAGGAACAAUAGUGUUACUUCUCCUAAAUGUAUAUAUAGCUUUCCCAUUCGUAUCAAUGUGAAAUAAGCAUUUGCAUAAUGGAGGUAGACAUCUAGUGUGCUUGCAAUCUUCCACCCAGGAAAACCUAUUCAUACCAAGAAAGUAAAGCAGAUGCUCUUCCAUUUAAUACAUGGGGUGAAGACCAAAGAGCCACAGCAAGAGAUGCCAGUGGCAAACCAAAGUUGGCAUGACACAGCACUGUAAAUCAUGGUGUAAGGUUUUAACUUAAUAUUGUCUCUGCACUUUGUUUGGAAUAGUAUUAAACAGAAAGUAAGAUACAAUACAGAAGUGUAAGAGAGACUGUCGCACUUCCAUUUUGCUUCUAAGGUUUUAUAAAAAGAAAAUAUUGAUAUUUAAGGGAAAAAUCAUUUCUAAUGAAAUUUAAUCCCCCCAUAUCACUUAUAAGAAUAGUUCUGUGAACAUGUUUCACUCACCCAGUGUGUAUGAUAUUUUCUAAUUUCUUAUCAAAUCUUAGGAAUUUUUAAAAUGUACUUCUAAAUCUAGCUAAUAUUUAUUUGCUUAUAAGAAAUACUCAGGAAAUUAUUUGGAAAUUAUUUUUCAUUCAAUAUGGAGUUGGUCAGUGAAAAAAGAAUGAAGACAGCAGUGUCAAAACAAUACAUUUUAACUCUCAAAUGUAUACAAUAUAUUAUUGAAUCAACUCCAUAAAAAUUGAUCUGGACAGUAUAUAGUUGGUGAUAUUUAUUAGUAAUAGAUAACACAGAUUAAUAAAAAGAUGUAAUCUGGUAAAUUUAUGUAUAUAUAUUUUUUAAAAUUGUUAAAUUUCAAAGUUUUGAACACAAUAUUUAUUCCAUUAGAUAAUCCAAAAUUUUCAGUGGUGAUUGUUGCUGUCUAGUUGCUGUAUAGAAAAUAGGCAUUAUAUAAUAAUAUAUAAAAUUCAUGGCUAAUAUCUGUGGAAAACACAGUGCAGACUAUGACAGGGUGACUCAGGCAGUCAAUUAUGUUUGUUUAAUUCAUAGAGUGUCUUGUAAUUUAAUACACAGUCGCCUCCAGGGUAUGUUCCCAAUAUUUCUGGCUGCAUAGCUGCAUUUUCCAGAAAAAGACUUCCAGACUCAAAUAGUGCUGUUUGAAUGUGGCAAAUAGUUUUUAUUUGGCUUGUAUGCAAAUUACAGAGUAAUAUUUCUUACUUUGCUAGUAAUUUGCACAAUUUAUAAGACUACUUAUAACUCUUUUGAUUCAUAGAUGUCUAACAGAAAACAUUUAGUAGUAAAUUAGAUAUACUAGAGAAUUGCUAUUUGUACUACUAGAUGUUUCAGGUAAGGAUACCUCUUUUAAGCUUAAACUUGAGAAUGUGUGAAUUUUAUUUUUUGGGUGUUCCAUAAAGAAAAUUAUUUCUUUUAGUAAUGUGUACAUUCAGAUCUGUUAAUAGAAAGAACAUUUCAAAGGUCUUGCACUAUAUUUAAUUUAUGUAUGCAAGCUUUGUAAAAUAUGUUGUAAAACUUGUAAAUGUGCAAAGAUGUCUCCCACCCCACCCCCCCAAAAAAACCCCUCCUUAUUGGUUAAUGGAGAUUUCUUAACAUUAUAAGAAGAGCAAAGCCUAUUAUGCAUUCAGCUAUGAUUAAGUGUGAGCUUUUUUCUUCGCUGAGAUUACGUAAAUACAUUGCUGUUCUCUGUACUUUUAUAAGAAUAGUGCAGCUAGUUUAGGUGACUUGUGUUCUAUAGUAUUGAAGGAGCAAAAGAAUCUAUUAUAGUUGUGUAUAUCAAUAAUUACAUACUCUUCCCUGGAAGGUUUGUUGUAUAUUUUCUUUUUUCUAGAAAAAGAAAACAAAAGUUUGCACGUAAUUUAUUCAGAGCAAAUUUUUAAAAUGUCAAAAAGCUUUACUUAGUAAUUUUGCAAAAGUUCCCUUUUGCCAAUGAAAUAUAUGGAAGCAUGGCUGAAAAGAUUUUUGAAAGUAGAAUUCUACUUUCUGAAUCUUGUGUACACUAUUAAGAAGUUUUUCAUAAUAUUUCAUAUAUUUUCUAGUAUAAACAAUAUUUUUCAAAAGAUUAUUUUCCAUCCCUUAAUUUCAUUUUCAUUACAUUUAAUAAUGUAUAAAUUAUAAUUUUAAUAAAUUGAUAAAGGAAUUACCAUGGGAUGGGCACUUUUGCCAUUCCCUGAAAAACAGUAGUUAACCUGGAUUGAGUUUUACAACUCAGUCCAGAAGGGUUGAUGGUUUCACCUGCUUAACGUAUUUUAUAUUUAAUUUUAUAUAUCACAAGGCUUCCCAUUUCUCUGUUUCUAAAUUCUCAGAUAUACUGAGCUCAGCUUUUCCUCUAUUUCCAUUGAAAUUUUGGAAAACUAAGGUAAGUUGCAUCCUUACAAAAUAUUUAAUAUUUCAUGUAAUUUUUAAAAUAAAAUUCCUUUUUUUUCACAUUCAUUCUCUUUUCUAUUUCCCAUUUUUCUCUAUCAUAUCACCCAAAGAAAUAAUAUUUCAUAAUCCACACUAGUAACUGUUUCCCCAUUGUCUUAAAUACAUUCAGCUUUUAUUUUUAUGCUGCAUAUUUCAAUUACAAUUGACACUUCAAUGGAAUUUUGUUUCAAAAAUAUCUUAAAAUCAUGGUAGGAGGAAUAAAUGUAAAAAAAAAAUUCCCUUAUUUAUAAAACAAUUUAAAUUUGCAAAAGGAAUUGACAGAAAAAGUAUUUAUUUGGUAAUCAUUUAGCAUAUAUGAAAUAAGUGAGGAAAAAAAUGACCUGGCUAAAUAUUCUUGAUUAAAAAUGUGACAAUGAGAGGGUUUUUUUUUUUUUUUACUUGUUUGUUUGGUGUUUGCUGUAAAUAAUGUUAUGUUUGGUAUUAAGAAACUGUUUUCAUGCAGUGAAUUUCCUCCGAAGUGUACUGAAGUUCUUUGUGCCAAAUAUAUAUAUAUUAUAUUUCAUUGAGGAAGGCUUAGAAAAAUAGGAUAUAGUAAUUUUCAAAACAUUUUAUUUCCCUUAUUUGCAGUCUUGAAAAGAUAAAUUAAACUGUGAUAUUAUUCUCUAUUCUAGAAGAAAGUGUUUAUUUAAAAAACAUCUUCCAUAAAAAACAUCUUCCAUAAAAAAUAUAAAGCUGGCUUGUACAUGAGAAUUUGUAGCAAAUUGCAACAAAAGCCAUUAUUUUAUCCUCUGAUAACUGAAAUUCAAUAGUUUUUAAUAAAAAUGGUUGUCUCUAAGACAAAUGAACUUGAUAAUGACUCUUUAUUUCCUAGUAUAUUUUCUUAAUUUCACUGUUAUGAUCUUUAUAAAAGAGAUCCUGCCAUUCAUAUAAAAUUUUAAAAUAUUGCAUUGCAGAGUUUCCAAAACUUCAUGACGUAAUUUAUAUUAGAGAAUCAAAGGCUGGGGAUAGGAAGUCUGAUGCUUGUUGAAAGUAGUUAACUACUUUGGGAUCCUGUUUUGUUUCUUUUUAAAAAUAGAAAAAUGUUGAAACUAUUUACUUCAAAAUAGUCUUAUGAAUGAUAAAAACUCCCAUAUGAUACCCAUGAAAUUACCAUUUUACUACUACUUCUGAUAAAUGUAAAUCAAGUUUAUACAGCCAGACAUUUUUGUUAGAUGAUUGUUGCCAAAUGUAUAACUGAAUAGUUUUAAACACCUGCUUUGGCUAGGAUGCUGUUAGCAAAUCAACUUCCUUUUCUAAUCAGUAUAUCCAUUCCUAGAAAUUAGCAUUUUUGAGACUUGCUUCAUACUUUUUGUAAUCUAAGGGUCCAGUAAAACCAGGUGCUUUUUACAGAUACUGAAUAGUGCUUCCAAUUCACUUUAAACCAGCUCAGCAUAUUUUCACAUUGCUUAUAUAUUCCUUCAUUUUACAUUUAUUUCAGUUGGUUACGUUACUUGUUUUUUCUCCUUGGAAAAUAAAUAGGUAUCUAGUGUCCCAUUUUGAAUCAAUCGUUUUUAGAUUUGAGCAGUUUCUUGUUUUAAGUCUCCAACUUUCCUUAAAAAUAAAUCAAAUAGUUUUGUAUAAAAAUUAUUCACAAAAUGUAAUGCACAGAUCUUUUUCUGAAAAUGAAAGAAACAUAACUAUUUGUGAAAAUACAAUGCCCUGGUAAAUCAACGGUAAUUCUAAAAGCAGAGAAAGGAUUAUUUCAGCUUUCUACAAUUAGGCACUAUCUAAAUGUGUUAGACCAGCGGUCCCCAACCCCCAGUCUGUGGACCGGCACUUGGUCGCAGUAUGCCAGAAACUGGGCCGCAUAAACAAGUGAAGCCCCAUCCUCUGGAUGCAGGCAGCAUACACCUCCUCUGGUCCACGGAAAAACCUCUCUCUGUGGAACUGGUCCCUGGUGCCCAAAAGGUUGGGAGCUCUUGUGUUAGGCUAUAGUUGAGAGAAUUCCCAACCAGCAUACCCAUUCUGACUGGAAAUAGUGGGAAAACAUUCCAUUAUAGCUAUAGAACACCAGAUUGAAAAAGAGUGCAUUACAUUAAUGUGUUUUAGCAGAGAAGGCUUUCUAAUAUUUAAUUGCAUUAAAUACUGGUUCUCAGGUGAUUGGAAGUCUCUCACUUUUGCUACCUCUGUUGUUUUAGACAAAUUAUUGUGAUUGUAGCAAAUAAUUCACUUGAUACAGUUUGAUGACUCAGUUUAAAAUUCUUUAGGAAAUAUAAAAAUAACUGCAAGAAAAAAGAGCUUUGGCUCACUAUUAAUGUAUCUGGAAAUAUAGGACUGCUUAGAUUUUCAUGUCAAAAUACUUGAUAAGAUGUAUUGAAUAAAAUUGGAGGUAUAAUUAUUUUUGAACACCUUUAUAGCUUUAUGAUAGUACCCAUUUAUGAAAGUAGCUUUUCCGUUUUAUGUGGUUAAAAUUAUGUAUUCGUUAUUUCUUUUUUAGAGAAUCUCAGAUGCACAAACUGAAAAUCUGUCCUGCUUUCUUUUAGUAGAAAUACUAUGUAAAAUCAUUGCAUUAAAACUAACUGUAGAUAUGUUGAAUAUUUUUUCAUGCCAUGUUAAUAAGCCAGCUGCAAAUCUUUAUGGAACAUACCAUAUCAUAUUGUAGUUGCAUCAUAAUGGAUUGCUUUCAGGCAUGCAUUCCAUUUUUAAUUCCUGUAUAAUUUUUAUUAUUUAUGUAAUAAAAAGGGAUGAAUUAU